AUGCCAGAAAUUAAUUUUUAAUAAAAAGCGCCUCCGUCUUUACUUGUCAAAGCGAUUUGAUUGAGAUAAGGAUUUCAUUUCGGAAACAUAAAGAAAUUAAAGUUUUCACAUAUGGUUUAAUAAAUAUAAAUUUUUUUAUAGAAAUAUACGUCCGUAUUUUUUUAAGUUUUAGGCAUAUAAAACGUUUGUCAUGAAAUUACGAGUACAGAAAAGAGGACGGAAGCGAAGUGUAUAAGAUAUGUUGCUAAAGAAAAAGUGUAAAAAAUAUGUGUCCGGGUUUAAUUUAGAUAUAAGCACCACAAAUAUUUUGUCACAAGUUUGAACAAACUUAAAGUAAAAAAAUAAAUAUUAAUAAGGAAGGAGAGAAAUUGAUUAAGGCAUCUGAGACUAUUUGGACAAGUGGCUCACAACAAAACCAACACCAGCGUUGCUUUAAAGUUUUGAGACAAAAAUAAUCCAUUGUAGCUAUGAGUAAUUAUCGUCACCAUGGAGGAGGCGGUGGCUAUAGUGGAAUCGAAAUCCGAAACAUGCAUCCACGAAUCUCUCAAAAUUUCACUUACGUUAGUUCAUGUGUUAAAUAUCUAAUCUUCAUGCUAAAUUUCAUAUUCUGGCUUUCGGGAGGAUUAUUGCUGGGUAUCGGUCUUUAUGCUUUUAUGGACAAAUGGGAAGCUACUGGAUGGGUUCGUCUUGAAACAUUUUACGAUGUAGUACUUAACAUCUCUUUAGUAAUGAUGCUGACUGGAAUACUUAUUUCUGUAGUCAGUUUUGCUGGUUGCCUUGGUGCGCUGCGUGAAAAUACAUGUUUACUAAAAUUCUAUACUAUGUGCUUACUAAUGUUUUUUCUUUUGGAAUUGGCCAUUGCCAUAAUGGGAUUUGUUUUUCCACAUAAUAUGAAUUCUUUCCUGGAAGACAAAUUCACUGAUAAAAUUAUACAUUCGUAUCGUGAUGACCCAGAUUUACAAAAUCUUAUCGAUUUUGCACAACUUGAAUUUAAAUGCUGUGGAUUAAGCAACUCUGGAUAUCAAGACUGGAGCAAGAAUGAGUAUUUCAACUGCUCAUCACCAUCAGUUGAGCGUUGCGGCGUUCCAUAUAGUUGUUGUAUUAACGCAACUGACAUCAGUUCGGGUUUGGUUAACAUUAUGUGCGGUUAUGGCGUUCAAGAACACUCCGUUGCGGCAGCCAGCAAACGUAUUUGGACUAGUGGUUGUAUUGAGAUUGUUCGUGUUUGGGCAGAACGAAACUUAUAUACUAUAGCAGGCAUUGCUCUAGGAGUUGCUCUAAUACAACUUUUUAUCAUAUAUUUAGCUAAAACUCUAGAAGGGCAAAUAGAUCUGCAGAAAUCGCGUUGGAAUGCGUGAGUUCUUUUAAUGUGAAAAAAUAUAUUGAGUGCGUUUGGUAGGUAUAUUUCCAUAUCGUAAACAUGUAAACUUUCCAUUUUUAUUGGUAUGUUAGUUAUUUAAACAAAUAGUGUUUAUAAUUUUUAUAUAAAUUUUGAAUAGAGAGUAUAUAAGACAGUAUGUUGCUCUUUUCGCUCAAAAGUAUAUUGAUAAUAUUGAAUUUAAAACGCAUUUAAUACAUUUUUUUUACAAUAAAUCACCAUCGAGUGAAAUAGUUUUUAUCGUACAAAUCGUGUUCAGGGGUAUUUGUACGUUAUGAUGACACGUUGGUGCUGCAUUUAGCAUUUCCAGCAUUUUCUUAGUCUAGUACUAAAAAUAGAUUGCCACAAAAAAUACUUCUUCUAACUUUGAUUUUAAUCUUAUUUUUUAUUAUUCUCGAAUGUAUGCAAUAAUAUUUGUAAGUAAUUUUGACUACUAUAUCUAUGUAUUACUGCAAAUUGCAAAAACACUCCUAUGUUUAUGUGUUCAUUAUAAUCAUUGCAUAUUAAAUUAUAUUUAUAAUAUACAAAUACCUUUUAUAAUUUGGCACACACUAAUAGAAAUAUACAGAUAUCGAUAUAAAGAAUCUCAAAAUUAAUUAAAUCAUUAGAUCAUCUUCGAAAUUUUUAGUGGGCCCUGAUUACAAAAACAGUUCGAUUGAUAGAAAUUCAUAAUUUCAAAUACGUUUGAACGACAUUUGAUUUAAUUGAAAUAAAUCUAACUCAGAAUUUUAGCAAAGGGACCCCCAAAAAUUCGGUUGAUUAAGAAAAAUAAUUUGCUUACAAGCAAGCAUAGUUUUUUUUUAACUGUGUAGCAUAGUUUAACAAAAGUGUCAGUAAAUUUUUAUAUGUAAUAUAAUCGUUUUAUAUAAAUUUAGUAUAUUCUUUAAAUUUAUAUAUACCAAAUAAUUCAAAGCAAUGCUUUAAUGAUAUAGAGUUUGUCUUUAUGCAAUAAAAAUUAUAAACCUAUCAUUUUGUUUUAAUGCGAUUAUAAAGCGAAUAAGCACAUAUUUAGUUUUUAAGUUACUUAUUAAAAACAAAUUUGCAUUAUUCUUUAUUCCAAAGUUAGUUCAAUAAAUGUACAUACAUGUUCAAGUCAUCAAUACUUAUCGACUCCUUUUCAGUCUUUUUUCUGACUUCUUGGAGUAAUUUCUUACGCUUAGCGAUCAGCAUUUUAGACUUUUUUGACCGCUCAGCUAAAUCAUUCUCCAACUGCAAUAUUUCACUUAUUCUUUUUCGUAGUAGCAAAUCAAGUUGAUGCAGCAAUGACACCAUUGUUUCAGUAGUAACACAUUGCGACAGAGGUUGUAGUAUUUUAUCAAGCGAUUUAGAGAAAAACCCCAAAAUACUAGCUUUCUUUAUAGUAAAGUUGUCACAUUCCUCCAGGAAUAAGGUGUUUUCUUCCCAGCGAUGCUUUGCUGAAUUGGGUAUCUCUAGUCUUCUUCCCAUUCGUUGCAAAAUUUCUUCUGACACUCGCUCAUUAUCUGGCCUUGCACUAUUUCGACCUAAUGCCAAUUUUAAAUCACACUCUAAGUAAAUUUGUGCAUAAGCACACUUGUUCUGCCUGCACAAUUGAUACAAUUUAUAUCUCAUACUACGAUAGUAAUUAUUAUCAUCACAUAGAAUUAUGAAAUCGUGGCAAUUUGCAUUUUCAGAUAACUUUACAGAUUUAAUGAUAUCUUUUGCUAUAUAGGCGUUUUCAUUUAAUUCACAUAUAAGCAAGUUUAUAGUUUCCAAGAUUUUGCUACGUUGUAAUUUUAAUUCUAUUUCUGCAUUAAGAGUAUGUUCUUGUGCUGGCAGAAAAUCGUCAUAACAAAGAUGAAUGACGUUGAACUGUUGUUGAGGGAUCGACAAGAUCCAACUACUAAAUGUACUUUUUCCAGCAGCUGGUAAACCAAUUAAGGCUACGAGGCAAAUACGUGUCGACAUUAAUGGAGCUAAGAGGUAAUAUGUAGCUUAAAACAAAUCUUAUGAAUAAAGCUAAAACAUACGAAUAAUAA